CUUUGUCCCAUUCUUUCCUCGAAACCCUAUCCCAACCUCCGUCGCCGCCGUCCCGAAUUAUUCCGCAACGUCGCUUCCUUUCCCGCAACCCUUCUUCGCAUACCCCCUUCCAAGAUUCUCCUUCCUCUUCCGCGGACGCCCCCCGUGAUCGAUCGAAGAUGUCGAGCGCACUCGACAUGUCCCUCGACGACAUCAUCAAGAACAACAAAAAGUCCGCUGACGGGAGCCGCGGACGGGGCCGUCGCUCGGCCGCUGGCCCCGCCCGCCGUGUUUCGAAUCGAUCGGCGAACCGACCCGCUCCCUACUCUGUCGGGAAGGCUCCGGACUCAGCGUGGCAGCACGACAUGUACGCGGCUCAGAUGGGUGGCCUGCCUGCUCCAGCGGCUGGGGCGUCCGCUAUAGAGACCGGCUCAAAGCUGUAUAUUUCGAACUUGGAAUAUGGGGUCUCGAACGAGGACAUUAAGGAGCUCUUUUCAAAGGUUGGUGAUCUGAAGCGUUAUUCAAUAAAUUAUGAUAGAAGUGGAAGAUCUAAGGGAACAGCUGAAGUCGUCUUUGCUAGAAGAGUUGAUGCAUUAGCAGCUGUAAAGAGAUACAACAAUGUUCUGCUUGAUGGAAAACCGAUGAAGAUAGAAAUUAUUGGGACAAAUAUUCCAACACCAGCUGUUGUGCCUCAUUUCACUAAUGGUGCCUUUAGAAGCACUAAUGGCUCUUCCAAAAGCACUAGACCAGGAAGGGGUUCUUCAGGAUGGCCGCGUGGUGGUGGCCGUGGGAGCAGCGGGGGUCGUGAGCGAGGUAAAGGACGUGGUGGUGAACCAAUAUCUGCUGCAACACUUGAUGUUGAUUUGGACAAGUACCAUGCAGAAGCAAUGCAAACCAACUGAGUGCUUCUGGUUGGUUUCUUUAAUCUACGAUCGUUGAUGCUCCUCAGUAAUCGUAUUAUUCUGCUAACAUGCAUAAUAUAGGAAAUGGAAGAUGAUGUCAAAAUACUGAGUGGGUCUUCGGGCUUUCAUUUGAACAUUGUUGUUGCAUUUUGAUUUCAUCUUGUUACUGGGGUUACAAAGUGAACUUCUGGUGUCUGGCCUUGGUGAUCGUACUUGGUGAAGCUUCUUUUAUCUCUA